CCAAAUGGAACAGCCAAAUCAUCUCUUAUCAAAUAACAUUGUGAUACUCAAAUCAAAACUAUAUAAAUAGCCUUUGUCAUUAAUAAAGACUUCAGUAUUUAUUAAAUUUAUCAAUUCAUUACAUGUCUUGUUUUUUGUAAUAAAAAUGCCGUUGUUUAGUGGUAGAUGUUACAGUACCGCAAAAUUAAUUGGAAAAACUGCGAUUAUAACGGGAAGUAAUACGGGGAUCGGAAAAGAAACGGCUUUAGAUUUCUAUAAAAGAGGUGCUAGAGUAAUAUUGGCAUGUCGAAGCUUGGAAAGAGGUGAAGAAGCGAAGAAAGAAAUAGAGGAAAAAUGUAAAGAUUUAUCGGAAACUGGUACCUUGGUACUAGAGAAAUGUGACCUAUCUUCUUUAAAGUCUGUCCGUGAUUUCACCCAGAAAGUGUUAGACACAGAACCUCAUGUUAACAUUUUAGUUAACAAUGCAGGUGUUAUGAUGUGUCCUAAAGGUGAAACUGAAGAUGGUUUUGAAACACAAUUUGGAACCAAUCACUUAGGUCACUUUCUGCUUACUAUGUUGCUUCUGCCGCGCAUAAGAAACAGUGUUCCAGCCAGAAUAGUAACUGUUUCAUCCAAAGCACAUACAAGAUAUGGCAUUAACUUUGAUGAUUUGAAUUACAAGAAGAGACCAUAUAGUGCCAUGGAGGCAUAUUCACAAAGCAAACUUGCUAAUGUGUUAUUCUCCAGGGAAUUGGCAGCAAAACUUAAAGAACAUAACAUAGAAGGAGUUAAUACAUACAGUCUUCACCCAGGGAUAAUUAAAACUGAGCUUGGCCGUCACAUGAAUGACACACUGUUCAGGGGUGCUAGAACACUAUUUGGUACCUUAAUCGGUCCAUUCAUGAAAUCUGCCGAACUUGGUGCUCAGACCACAAUAUAUUGCUCUGUUGAUGAAAAAUGUGCCAAUGAAACUGGAUUAUAUUACAGUGAUUGUGUUGUUACAUCUCCACAUCGCAAUGCUUUAAAUGAUGAGCAUGCAAAGAAGCUUUGGGACAUUUCAAUGGGCCUGGUGGGCAUUCAGGACUACAAUCCAUUUACAGCAAAUGACCAGGGAGUGAAGAACAAAAACUAAUUAUUGUAUUGUUAUAUAAUAGUUUUUUGCACAUUUAUUGUAAUCAUUUUUGUACGCACAAAUGUAUGACAUAGAUUUUAAGAAAUAAUUUCUUUACUUAUAUUUCAAUUGUUCUCAUAAUUCUCCACUUAUUUUUUACUACUUGCACAAUUUUCUAAGCCU